CCGAAACAUGUACUAUGGACAGAGAGGGUGUGGUCUAGUUACUGCUCCUGAGUUUCACCUGAGAGCAAAAUAAGCAGACUCCACCAGUACUGAGAGACUGCCAGGCCUUCAAGGAUAUACUUUUACUUUGGAUUAUUCAUUCUCCUUAAGGGUUACUAUGGAGCCUGUUUUCUCAAGUGCAAGGCUGACGGUGGCUGUGUUGUUUCUGCUAACAAUCAGGCUGGAGACAGAUGUGACCGAGGCGAUGCAGGUGACGACCUCGGGGCCGCAAACCAUCCAAAAGGCUUUGGGAGAGACAGUCACCCUGGGAUGCACCUACACACUCGGCCCCGAAGACACAGGAGAGCUGGACAUCGAGUGGUCCAAUGUUAGCCCAGACAUGACACAGAAAGACCAACUGCUUUUAUCAUAUACAGGGGGCAAGACGAUGCGCUACGGAGACCCCAGCGUGUCCGAAAGGCUCAAAUUCAUAGUGGACCCCAAACAGGGAGACGCUUCCAUCUCUCUCUCUAAUCUGAAGCUCAAAGACACUGCUACCUACCAGUGUAAAGUCAAGAAAGCACCUGGCGUUGACAUGCGAAAAGUCACACUGAAUGUGAUGGUUCCCCCAACAUCCCCAAAGUGUUGGGUUGAAGGCCCGGAGGAGAAAGGUGGUCCAGUCUCCCUCCGCUGCAAAUCUUCUAUGGGAUCCAUUCCUCUCUCUUACAAAUGGAGGAGAGAGAGUGGAGGUGCAAUUCCACCCGAUGCCACCCAAAACCUAGAGACUGGAGAACUUUUGAUAAAGAACCAUACGGAAGGAAACAUUGGAAGUUACGUGUGUGAGGUGAAAAAUGCAGUGGGCCAAGGGCAGUGUAAAUAUGCACUGCAUGCAUACAACCCUACCAAUAAGGUGGGUGUCAUAGUCGGGGCAGUGAUAGGUGCCCUCCUGCUGCUGCUCCUCCUCCUGCUCCUCAUCUGGCUCCUGGUCUGCUGCUGCAAUAAGCGUCGCUAUGAGAAAGAGGUUGAAAAUGAAAUAAGGGAGGACGCCCCGGCCCCAGAGAGCAGACCAACAAGUAGAAACUCCAGUUUACGCUCUGUGAUGGCGUACCGCACCCACCCGGGGGUGCAGUACAGCUCUGUGAGGAAACAACUGCCCAGUGUCAGUGAAUCGGCCCAUGGUGGCGUCUACACAGGGGAGAGUAACGGCAGAUCUCAAAAUACUGCAGGGGGCCGUGCUUCCCUCAAUUACGACCAUCGAUAUGGAUACCCUGUGUAACUACCUUCCAAACACAUGAUAGACUUUUUCAUUUUAAUAUAUUUUUUUAAAGAAGUCACUAUAUAACAAACCGUGCAAUACAAAAUAUUGAGAAUUAUGGGAGUAUUGGUAUACUGUAUGACUACUGGGGACAUUCUUACCUCAGCACUCGGACAAAUAUAAAUGUAUAGCUUCAUGAUGCACUGUAGCACAUCAUUGCUACUGAAAAGGUUCUCAUUGUUACACAGAUUUUCUAAAAUUGUAUGUAAAGUGUAUAUAUCUUAAUACUUGUAUUUUUAUGGGCGCCUUUUUCUAUGAUGCAUAGUAACCAAAUCAAUUCAUUACUUUUUUUUUGUAUAAAUGUGUACAAUAAAACAUCUGUUUAAACUAA